AUGGAUGCAUAUUAUCCUUGUCAAUGUAGGAUUUGUAAAACAAAAUUCAAAUUUUUUAUUGAUUUUCAGCUCCUCCUAUAAAACCGAAAAUCGAAGAUAAAGAUAUUAUGGAAGGCGAAAAGGAGAAAGUGGAAGACAACGAUGGAAUGCAUUGUAGGUUUUUUCUUAUUCUAAACUACAGUAUAGUUUGAAAUUGCUAUUUUUCAGUGGUAUUUGUCAUUCUACCAGCCGCUCUUAUUAUUAUUUGGGUUGUUCUGAUUUUUGUGGUUCUUGUACUUUGCAAAAUGAGUAAACGGUAAGAUUUCUUCAAUAAAAAUCACAAACAUUUUCUUUUUUUUUAGAAAACGUGAAGCUCGAGCCAGUCAACAUUAUUCUCGAACAUGGAAAACACCAACAACUCGUGAAACUCUUCCAUCCCGAAAUCCAAAUAUAAUCUACGGUCGAACUCCAAGAAUCACAACUUAUGAAGGUUAUUGA